AGAGAGGAGAGAGUCGCGACAGGUGACGUGGAAAAGAAAUAUAUGGAUGAUGAUUGAUGCCAGUGAUGGAGCACACCUAUUUCCCACCCAUGGCCCGACAAUCCCAAAAUCCCUCUCUUAAAACCACACCUGUUCUAGAACAUGGGCAGAGCCUUUGACCUGCCGCGUCCAUGGACCCUUCAUCCGUCGUGCAACCCUCCCUGAGCGACAAUUCUUCCCCCUCCGACCAUCCCCCGGACCACCCCUUCGAAACCCUCCAGGAACUGCUGUCCAGCGUCGCCGACGAGCACCGCAAUGCCCGCGACUCUAAUUCCGACGCCAUGACCCCCGACGAUCGGGAGCAGAAAGCUUCCCUGAUCCACGAGGCGUGCCAGAACGCCGACUUCGACGCCGUCGCCCGCUUGGCUAUCAGUCCUGGCGGUCUGCUCGAGGAUUCCCUUCGCCGCAAGGCAUGGCCGAUCUUACUGGGCUGCACACGCGCAGCCGACGACCCCGAACCAUCGCCGGGGGAUGAGACGGCGUGGAAAGAGUGGCCAGAACACCGGGACGAACAUCAGGUGCAGCUGGAUGUCGAUCGAUCCUUCGUGUACUACCCACUCGAUAUGUCAGGCAGCGAGCUGGAGCGACGCCGCGCCGAACUCCAGCAGCUCAUCGUCCGCACCCUUCGCACACAUCCGUGCCUCUGUUACUUCCAAGGCUACCACGACAUCGUCCAAGUGUUCCUCCUGGUUCUCGGAAGCGAUUCCGCUGUCCCCGCCGUGGCGCGCCUCUCGUUGCUGCGAAUCCGGGACUUCAUGCUCCCCACACUGACCGCGGCGAUGGCGCAUCUGCACCUCCUGUUUCCCAUCAUAGGCGCCGUCGACCGGAAACUCAGUCAUCAUUUGAGUCGGAUCCAACCCUUCUUCGCGCUGUCGGCGACCUUGACCAUGUACGCGCACGAGAUCCAAGGAUACGGAGAUAUCGCACGGCUGUUUGAUUUCCUCCUGGCGAACGAAGCCGUCAUGUCGAUAUACCUCUUUGCCACGAUCAUCCUCAAUCGCCGGUUAGAGCUCUUCGACCUAGACCCUUCCGACCCCGAACUCCACGCCACCCUCUCUUCCCUCCCCCGCCCUCUGAUCCUCGAAACCCUGCUCUCCCGAUGCUCCGACCUCUUCCGCUGCUACCCCCCCGAAACCCUAAAGUUCACCCAACUCCCUAAGUCCCUUCCCGCGCCGCCGCCCCUCAUCUUCCGUCCGCGACCCUGGAAGCUCAUCCCCGCGUCGUCGGUGCUCAAAUCGACGUCCCCGGUCCACCGCGUAGCGACGCAGACGCUCGAGAACGGCGAGGGGCUAUUCCAUACCUUGGCGGAGGAGAUGAAGAGGAGGCAGGUGGCCGAAGACAAGGCGCGGGAGUGGGCGCACGCCAAGCGACGGUUCCGCGCCAACGUGUGGAAGCAUCGACGGCAACUGCUCGUCACCGGUGCGGUGCUGGUCGGCGUUAUUGGCUGGUAUAUCGGACGGCGGCAACCUGGGAUGCACGUCCGCGUGGGCGAGUUGCUAUGCGGCAUUGGACGGAGGGUUUCCGCUAUUUUGGGACGUGGUCUGUGGGAACGGGAGUUGUGAGACGGAAGGCAUUGUUCAAGGUUCCGCCAUGUUGGUUGCGCUUCUCUGGGAAAACAGGGUUUCUAUACGGGCAGGUGGUAGAACCCGUAUGCAAAUCACGCGGUGUUUAUGAAAAGCAUGGGAAGGAGUUGGCGCAAGUAGAAACAAACGGGGUCCCAGUCGGGAUAGAUUCCGCAUAGGGCGUGUAACAAAAGUCGUUAAGAUGGUAUCAUACACACAAAAAUCGGUCAGUCCAAUGAAUGGCGACAUACAGGGCAAUAAAACAAGAGGUACCGACCGGGACGAACUGAUUCGGUUCGAUGUGCAUCGUCCAUCACCU